UCCAAACGCAUGGGAGUUCACUCCGGAUUGUGUUCAAUCAAAUGAAAACAAAGUGUUUCCCGCGUCGUGCCGUGUGUUUCCCCCGGUUUUUGUGUUCGUUUGGUGUUCGUGCUGCGUUUUGUGUCGUUGUUCGGAUAUAAAUCAAUGUACGACUUUGGAUUGUUUUGACAGAAACGUGUUGACAAGUGCCUGAGCUAUCGUGCGGUUUACUAUCACUCUCUACCCUUUUUUGGAUUAUCAAAGUUAAUUUAUUUAAAAAGAAACUUUGCACCACUCAGAUUAAUGUGCUGAAAAAAUAGACGAUGUGAUUGAUUUUAAUAACGCCAUAGUCACUGUGAGAUCGGCAAAGUUGACUAGUUGUGAUGUCAUUCAAUCAAAACGAUAUCUCUCGUUGUUUCUCGACUAAAAGUUUGGACAAAUCUAUCAAUAAUCAGAAUUUUCCCAUUGCUGUUAAAUAUUUUAAUCGAUUGUGAGAUUCUCAUCUCUUACACUGAGUGCGCUGAGCCUGAUUAUCCCUGUGAUCUCAUUUGAUUGACUAAUCGUGCAAUUUUACUUUUCAAGGAAAAUUUUCGUUCUCUUUUUUACGUCAGUGAAUUAAAAUUGCUAUCAUAUUCUUAAAAUUUGCGUACCACGAUCAGAAAAGCUGAGACGUAAACAACUCAUGAAAACAACUUUAUUUAUUAACAUCGAACAGUGAACGGAGAGUUGUAGCGCGGCCAUUCGAAAGUCGUGAACAUUUUCUCGCCAAAUUCGUAUAAUUAUAAGUCAAGCUAAAAGCUUCAGGACUGUCCGGGGAUACUACACAAAAAGCAGUUAGCAACUGCCCUGGACUAAAGUGAUAAUAUCAGUGUAACGUCCGACUUCCCCAACGGUCAGUGUAAUUUGAUGCAGGAGCAACACCAGAAGUGAUCUUCUAGAACUGGACACCGGUACCAGCAGGUGGGAUACUGACUUCUGGGCGAAGAGGUGUCAAUGGUAGCGUAAGUCUACCCGAAGGAGUUAGACUUGCAAUGCGAAAAAUGACGUCAUCAGUGAGUGUGGGCAUAUCGGAGGAAGAAGAGGAGGACCAGGAGAUCAACGUGGACUCGAACGGCGAAGAGAUGGAGGAGGACUUCGAUCUGGAAGACUCGGAGGCCGCCGAAGAGGACGAGCGGCUGCGGGCCGACGAGACGGACGUCGAGAAAGACGACAGCUCGGACUCGCGCGACGUCAAAGCCGCGAUGGCGCUCCCGUUCAGCAUUUCGCGGCUCCUCGGGCGGGACGACGCCAAGCCGUCGCCGGACAUCGCCCUCUACUCGCACCCGGGGUACUUUUCGCGGGCCUCGCCGCCGACCUCGGACUCGCUCAUCUUCACCGCCGGCAACGGGGUCAUCCGGGUGCCGGCGCACCGGCCGGCCAACCCCGGGCUCCACACCCCGGGCAUCGCUGCCCCGUUCCCGUGGCUCGCCGCCGCCAUGGACCCCGCCCUCAUGCACCGCUCGGCCGCCGUCGCCGCCUUCGCCAACCACGUUGUCAAGGAACGCUUAUCAGCAACUUUCCCGAUGACCAGGCGGAUAGGACACCCUUACCAAAACCGGACGCCGCCUAAACGGAAGAAGCCUCGAACCUCAUUCACAAGGCUACAGAUUGCAGAAUUAGAGAAAAGAUUCCACAAGCAAAAAUACCUGGCAUCAGCAGAACGAGCUGCUCUAGCAAAAACUUUGAAAAUGACUGAUGCUCAAGUUAAAACGUGGUUUCAAAACAGGCGCACGAAAUGGAGGCGACAAACAGCAGAAGAGCGGGAGGCCGAGAGGCAGGCAGCCAACCGUCUCAUGAUGUCCUUGCAAGCGGAGGCAAUGAGCAAAGGGAUCUACACGAGUCCCUCGGAGGGACGCGGCCUGGCGCACCCCCACCCACCCUCCGGUGACACGACGUCGAUCGGAGCUUUGCAGGGAUUGCAGCCGUGGGCACCGCCUAACCUCAACCUAUCGCCGGGGGACCACGCGCAGGCCCCUCCCCCGCCCCCCGCGCACUACCCCAUCACGCAGCCCCCCAUCGCGUCACCCAUUUGCUAAGGGGAGGGAAACCCAACGCGCCUCGCCUCGCCUCGCCGAGGGGUGGGAAAACUGCGCCUGCAGACACGCCUGAUGCAACCCGCCGAACCAAUCGCUGCUGACGAGCGUGUCCUGACAGACUCUGCACGCCAGGUGGAUUAGAUGUGCGCUCCGCUCCCUCCAUGUAUUGAGCGGCUUCGAGUGUCAAAACACAAGCCGCAGAACUGUUCGUCACUCCCGGAUUAACAUCAAUGCAUUGGAAGCAGUGGGUUAUCCGCCGUUCCUGCCCUCCUGCCGGCUGAUUAUUGAAAUUGAUAGACAAAGCGAUGGAUAAAGAAGACAAACUGAAAAUAAAGCGAUC